CUGGUUCAGGUAGAUAUGUGUACUCUGGUAGAGAUCUGUACUGAGUACUGCGUACUGGUUCAGGUAGAUAUGUGUAUUCUGGUAGAGAUCUGUACUGUGUACUGCGUACUGGUUCAGGUAGAUAUGUGUACUCUGGUAGAGAUCUGCACUGAGUACUGGUUCAGGUGUAUGGAUGUAGAUGGAGAUGGUGUACUAUCUAUGUACGAGCUAGAAUAUUUCUAUGAAGAACAACUACAAAGAAUGGAACAGCUAGGAAUUGAAACUCUACCUUUCGAUGACUGUUUGUGCCAGAUGUUGGAUAUGAUCCGUCCCCUGACGAGCAACCAGAUCACCUUGAGGGACUUAAAGAAGUGCAAGAUGACACCGAUCUUCUUCGAUACGUUCUUUAACCUGGAGAAGUAUCUGGACCAUGAGCAGAGGGACCCCUUCGCUACACAGAGGGAGACAGACGAGGACGGAAACGAGAUGUCUGACUGGGAUAGGUUUGCGGCGGAGGAAUAUGAACUCCUGGUGGCGGAGGAAGGAACUAACGAAAACAUGGAUGACAUGCCAUACGAGGAAGGACAUUUAUUAGAGGGUGAUGCAGAGGAGACUUUGGAAUCCAUGAAAACUUAAAAUAUUCUUCUUUAAAAAAAGCAGACAAAAGUUCCUUGGAAUUACUGCAGAUCAUCGUCAAUUGGCUCUUCAGUGUUCAGAUAUUGGAUAUCUUAAACAAUUGAUUUCGAUAUCCAGUGUGGUCACUUUUUAGUUUGAGGAUCGAUGCUAAAUUCAUUCAUUUAAGUUUUCUCUGUAGGGUAUGACCACCAUGUAAUAUCGAAGAGGAAUCAAAUUAAUCUGAAAGAUUAUGUGCAAGUUUUGAGAUCAAUGCUUGGUCCCGAGAUCCACAAUACAAAAGUUCUCCUUCAGUGUUCAUAUUGUGACACUUUUGAAAACACUAUUUGAGAAUUUUCUUGAAAGUCAGAAUUAUAUUAAAUAAAUAUAUUAAAAGAAUCCUAUUCCCCUUUCAGUGAUAAUUUUUCGGAAACGUAGAACUUGAAAAAACGAUUAUCUGAAAUGCUCAUUAUGGAAAGUUGAUAAUCCAUUCAGUGAAACGUUGAAAAUGAAACCAGUUGUGUAACGAUUAAAAGUUAUUUCCGUUGGAUUUUGACGAAUUUUGAGUUCUAUCAUAAUUAAAUAGUUCAUGGAAAGCUUAAUUGCUAAUGGAAGUGAAUUAAGUGAAUUUGAUCAAACAUAUGGCUAACCUCUGUGUUUUUCUAAUCAAAUUUAAUUUAUUUAGGAAAUUUUAAACUUUAAAUAUUAUUGAUUUUUGAGUUGAUUUGCUUUUGUAAUAUUGGUGCUAUACACUUUAUAGAUUUUAACCCCUUCAGGGGUCUGUUGUUAAAUGUGACAUUAUAAAUAGUUAUAUACUUAAUAUUCAUUCGUUCAUACAUUCUGAUAAAUAAAUACUAAUCCUAUUAGA